GCUUCUUUUGAGUAGCAUAAAACACUUUUGUGCCAAGAAACUAUGGGAAUGUUUCCCUGUAUGAAGCAAUAAUAAUAAUUAGCUUUAUAAAUUUGUUUCAAAUAGGUAUGAAUCACACGCUGAUUCAUCCAAGAUUUUUGUUGAAGGAAAUCAGAACACUAGUAUGUUACUUGAAAUACCGAAUCUCUUUAGAAUUUGGCAUAUUUUUAUCUUAAAAUCAAAAUCUAUUUGAAAGAAUAUUCUGUUUAUUUUCAAGUAGGUACCUAUAUAGGUACUGUAAGUCGCAAGGCCUCAUCAUUUUAUUAUCAUAUGCUGUAGUAAAUUAUCAGUAAUACGCACGUUUUCUUAUCGCGUGAUUACAACUUCUCAUAGAAGCUUGAUAAGGAAAACCAAUUGACGUAGGUACUGUAGCUAACCGGUAUAGCUAGAAGAAUUUACAUUACGGAAUUUCAUAAAUCUGAAUGAAGACUUCUUUUCAACACCUUGAUCUGUGUAUUGAACUGCAGUUAUGGAAUCGGUACCACCUCUCUACCAUGACAUAUACAAAAUAAUAAGUUCUUCUCCUGCUCAUUCUCGCAAGGAGCUAUUGACAAAAAUCCUGCUAAAAUCAAAGUUACCAAACGACUGUUUGAGUCAGAUUUGGGUCCUUAUCAGCAAAAACCAAAGUGAUUUGACCUCCAAACACGUUUUCCAAGCGCUUGCUCUGAUUGGCUGGGCUCAGAAGGGUCUAGAACCUUCUACCGCUCUCUUUGAUGACGUCAGUAGAGGUGAUGUUGUUUUCCAUGACAUGACUCAUAACACUUUAUAAAUAGUA